CUCGCUGGCCAAUCAAAGUAAAGUUAGCUCUGUUGACAAGAUGAGUCAGCCUUGUUCACGUGCACGCCAAUGACCUCACGGUUCACCAUGAUCAGACGACUUCGACCCAGCAACCACGCGUUGUCUGUGGGUGCAGGCAUCGCAUGAUAUUUGUUCGAAGACACUUUCCGCCACGCUUGGUCAAAAUUACUGCCAGCCCGUUGCUUCUAAUCCCUGGUCCGGUCAGAGACAUGAAUGAACCGGCUCCGCAGAGAUGGUCCAUCAAAAGGUUUGUGUGGGUGCUUUCUCGGUCUCGAGGGCCGAUCAGCUUGAGUGAUGAAAAUAUCGCGCCAGGUAAUGGCUACUAUGAAGCCAGUAAGACCCCUCGUUGGGCUAGAGAGCGGUCGGGCCCUAAGCUGCUGAUCCUCGCCAAGUGGCUUGCUAUCUCUGCCUGUGCAGCAUAUUUUAUUGCUAGCAGAGUCUCUUUCGGUUUAACGGAAAGCCGGCAUGUGGCCGCUCCCAGUCUUUGCUUCGAACCUGAGUGUAUUCACGCAGCCUCGGAAAUUCUGUACAAUCUUGAUCCCCAUUAUGAGGAUAUUGAUCCUUGCGAUAACAUUGAGCAGUUCAUCUGCGGUGGUUGGAGAGAUCGACAUGACAUGAGACCCGAUCAAGGGUCUAUCUUUGCAGGCACCAUCAUGGCAGAGAAUGCCCAGACUCGGCUGCGUCAUAUUCUUGAAGCAUCAGAGGGCCCUAAGGAAGAAACAUUGUCCCCCGCAGACAAGGACAACUUUAAGAAGCUGAAAUCUGCUUAUGAUUCUUGUAUCGAUGUGGAAGCUCUGAAACAGCGGGGAACGACACCAUUGGAUGAUCUACUCCAUGAAAUCGAAAAAAUAUAUUCUAUUCAUGGGGAGCAGACACAGGAAAAGCUCACAGAUGCAAUUACUUUUCUGCUCCGGGCUGGCGUCCCCGCUUUCACUGAACUGUUUGUUUCUCCUGAUGACCGCGACCCAGACAGUGUGGUUGUUUUUGUUACCCCUCCACGAGAAAUAGGUCUCCCCGCGCGUGAGUAUUAUAACAACACCCAGACUGUGAAGGACUACACCAGGGUUGUCUCCAGCAUACUCUCCAAUUUCCAGUCUUCGGAACGUGGAGGAUUGAGCCCUCUGCGGCUCGCUAUGAAUGUGGUUUUACUGGAGAAAAAGCUAGCAGAUGCGACUCCCGAUACUCAAGCACAAGAAGAUGUAACUCAGUACUAUAAUCCAAAGAGCAUCGAAGAGACUGAGUCAUUGGUCCCCCAGAUAUCCUUUAGCAAAAUCAUCUCUGAAUUAGGGCCAAAGAACUACCAGCCCCAUCGACUGAUUGUAGGGUCGCCUUCGUAUUUGAAAGAAUUGUCGAGCAUCUUGAACAGUGCACCUAGGGUGGUUGUCCAGGCAUUUUUCAGGUGGAAGACAAUCCAGAGCUAUUCCGAUGAAAUAGAACACCCCAAGAUUGUACCGCUACGGGAGUUCAAUAAUCAACUUGCUGGAAAGGACCCUCAAGCAACGGAGGACAGAUGGCGAAAAUGCAUUCGAACCUUGGAUUCUGGUAUUGGUUGGACUCUAAGUCGCUUUUAUGUCCUAGAUUCCUUCCCCGAAGCUUCCAAAAAGCUUGGCGACCAAAUCGUUUUAGACAUAAAGGAACGUUUUGUGUACGUCUUGGAUCAGACAAAGUGGAUGUCCCCGGAGGUCAGACAGCUGGGAAAACAAAAAGUUGCAAAUAUUAUACAGAAAAUCGGUUAUCCAACUCGUAGCCCCGAUUUGAUGGAUGCCGACGACGUAAAAAGCUAUUAUGCGAACCUCCACAUUGCCAAUGAUGCUUUCUUCGAGAAUGUGCUGAAUAUGACCCAAUUUGAAGUCGAGCGGCAGUGGGCGAAAUUGGGGAAACCCACAAAUCGGGAUGAGUGGGAGAUGACAACUCCUACCGUUAAUGCAUACUACAACCCUCCAGGGAAUGAAAUUGUUUUCCCCGCGGGGAUCAUGCAGCCCCCGGCCUUUUAUGGAGUGAACGCUCCUCUCUAUUUGGCCUAUGGGGCUUUUGGUGCAAUCAGUGGCCAUGAACUCUCUCAUGCUUUCGAUUCUGGUGGUAGACAUUAUGAUCAGAUUGGCAAUUAUACUGAUUGGUGGGACAAUCAAACCGUACAAGCAUUCGAGGAACGCACACAAUGUUUCAUCGACCAGUACUCCAACGUUACAGUUCCUGGCCCUGAUCCAGACUCAGAACCUCUUCACGUUAAUGGACUGCUUACACUAGGCGAGAAUAUUGCUGAUGCGGGUGGACUUUCUGCUGCCUAUUAUUCUUGGAAGAAACACGACGACGCCCACCCGGAUAGAUCAUUACCUGGAUUGACCCAAUUCACCAAAGAUCAACUUUUCUUUAUUUCUUAUUCAAACUGGUGGUGCGGCAAGACCACUAAAGAGCAGGCGAUCCGUGCCAUAUAUACUGACCCUCAUGCGCCCAAAUCGGCUCGUAUAUCUGAAACAUUGGCGAAUUCGAGAGAGUUCAAAGAGGCAUUCAAAUGUCCAACAAAGGAACCCAUAUGUAAGUUGUGGUAGCACUUGGUUAGGCUCAUAUAGGCUGGUAUACAACGAAAUGAUGUCUGUAUUUCCAACUUCUUGGCCAAUUGCUAUUUGUAUCCUUAUC